AUGCAGAACUACGAGGAGUCUGUGUCGUUCCUGGGGACCUGGGGCCCGUUCCAGAGGAGGGUCUUCUUCUCCCUCUGUCUCACCUGCGUUCCGAGUGGAUACAACAUCCUGUCCGUCAUCUUCCUGCUGGCCAGCCCCCCUCACCACUGCAAAAUCCCUGCCAACAGCAACCUGAGCCAGGACUGGAUAAAGGCCAGCAUCCCAUUACAGGGGGCUGGGCAGUCGGAGAGGAGCAGUUGCUGCCGGUACGAGCUGGACCUGGUGCAGAACCUGUCUGCAGCGGGACUAAGUCCAGAUGUCCUCCUCAACUCCUCCCGGGAGGAGGACUGUAAAGAUAGAUGGACCUACAGUACUGAGCACUACCAGUCUACUGUAGUCACCGAGUUUGACCUGGUGUGCAGGGACCAGUGGAAACAGCCUCUGUCCUCUCUUUUCUACUUCCUGGGAGGAGUGUGUGGCUGCUUCUUAUUUGGACAGGUGGCUGACAGAUUUGGCAGGAAGCCUGUUCUAUUUGCUAGCUUGGUCAUGAUCAGCAUCUUCAGCUGCGCACUGGCUUUCUCUCCUUCCUGGCCCGUCUUCACUGUGCUCUUUUUUAUGCUGGGCUUUGGUCAGAUUUCCGGCUUCAUUGUUGGAUUUGUAUUGGGUUCAGAGAUCCUGACUGGUUCAGCCAAAGUUUACUUCAGCAGCCUGGGGUAUCCUUUUGCAUAUGUGAUUUCUAUGAUCAUCCUGACUGGCACCGCCUAUCUGGUCAGAACCUGGAGAUACCUGUCACUGAUCUUAGCUGUGCCUGGUGUGGCCUGUAUCCCCCUUUGGUGGCUGAUUCCAGAGUCUCCUCGCUGGUUGCUGUCUCGUGGGCGUUGGCAUGAAGCAGAACUCGUGCUGAAGUCCGCAGCUCUACAGAACAAUGUGGAACCUCCAAAUAUCAUCUUCGCCUCAGCAAAUGUUGAAAAUGCAACCGACCAGAAAGCAGAGUCCUACAGCAUUCUGGACCUGCUGAGGACCUCAAAUAUUCGACAUAUCAUGCUCAUUUUGUGGAUCAUCUGGUUUUCUGGGAGUGUAAGCUACUUUGGAGUGUCAUUCAACACGUCCAGCCUCUACGGAAACCCCUACCUGAACUACUUCCUGUUGACGACAGUUGAGCUCCCAGCAUACGUUACAGUCUGGUUGUCAACGCGCAAUCUCCCUCGUCGCCUGUCAUUUAUCAGCUUGACCCUGCUGGGGUCACUAGCGCUGCUCCUCGUCCAGGUCACUCAACACAGUCAUCCAGCUGUCACCUUGUCCCUGGUGCUGCUGGGUAAAUAUGGCAUCUUGGCUGGUAACGGGUUGAUCUACGUGUACUCUGGUGAGAUGUCGCCCACAGUCAUCAGGAACACAGCAAUGUCGUCCUGUGCCAUGUUCUCCAGAUUGGGAUCCGCUGUAUCUCCGUACCUGCUGCAGCUGGCUGUCUUCUAUGAGUUCCUGCCGUGGAUUGUUGUGGGCGGUCUGUCACUGCUCAGUGUUCUUCUCUGUGUCUUCCUGCCCGAGACCUUUAGGCAGCCUCUGCCUGACACCAUCCAGCAGAUGGCGGUCAAACAGAGGUUCAGGUGGCCAUGGACUUCCACCCCUCCGUCAGAGGAUGAUGGGAAAUCUGCUAAAGAUCAGCUCACUGCACCUGAGAUCAUCUGCACGACUCGACUUUAA